AUGCAUCCAAUGUACCCAUCGAUAGUUGACGAGAACCAAUGCUUCAGACGGCUGGGCGACAAGCCCGAAGAGCACCAGAAGUGCAACGUCAACGCCUCCUGCCCCACAUGGUUCACUGGACCUUGGAAACCUUGCGACAAGCUGUGUGGAGACGGCAAGCAGACGCGCCAGGUGGUCUGCCACAGAAAGACCAACGGCCGCGUGGAAGUGCUGGUAGAUGAAAGCUGUGAAGACGAGAAGCCUGCCGCGGAGCAGCCCUGCAAUAUCCACCCGUGUGAUGGCAUCGACUGGGUUAUAUCCAACUGGACCGGGUGUGACUCCUGCGUAUCGAAGUACUACACUCGUGAGGCUCUGUGCGUGACGAAGGACCGUCAGGUUGUGGACUCGGACUUGUGCUCGUACCAUCGCAAACCGGAGCUGCAGAAACCCUGCGACGAGUCCACACUGCCUGCCUGCGAGUCGCAGUGGUAUGCCACACAGUGGAGCAAUUGCUCAGUAGACUGCGGCGUAGGCGUAAAGACUCGCAAAGUGUUCUGCGGGUUCUUUGACGGCGGCUCCGUGCAGCAGGUCGACGAGGCCAAGUGCGACGCCGACACCAAGUACAACGACACCACGCCGUGCGAGGUCCCGGCCGACAACUGCCCCGCUAUAUGGUUCGCGGCCAACUGGACCGAGUGCACGAAAGAGUGCGACGGCGGCGUGCAGUACCGCAAGGUGAUGUGCCUGAGCGGCGGCAACGCGUCCACCUCGUGUCCCGAAGCCGAAAUGCCUGACGAGGAACAAUCCUGCAACCCUGAGCCUUGCAACAUAGACGAGCUGUUGUCCGUAUCAUCGACGACUGUGAUGGAUGAUGACGAUUUACCCGACUGCGAAGAAGAGGAGGAAGAGGUUGGCGCAGAACUGCUGACCAGCACCUCGCUCAGUGAUAUGAUGUUCAGUGACGGCUCAUCCACAGCAGAAGGGUCCGGGGCCACUGAAACGGAAUUCGACUUCAGCUCUUUCUCAACUGUAACUGGAUCAGAUAUCACUGAAUUAGGCUCUGGCGAAACUGACUUCACCACAGAGUCUAACACUGGCUCUACGGUUACGGGAUCCGAUUUGACAGAAGAGACCGGCUCAACAAGCUCGACUGAGACUGGAGAGACCUUAACACCAGGCUCCACAGACACUGGCUCAACAGUCUCGGGCAGUGAUACCACUGGUUCGGAUGAGACUACGGAAACAUCGUCGGGAUCAUCAGGCUCUGACUCGACCGAGGGCACGGGCUCCACGGUGUCUGGAGAGACUACAGUUUCAGGAUCCACGGACAGCUCUACUGAAGUCUCGAGCAGCAGUGACACCUCUGCCUCGGAGUCUACCUCUGACACCAGCUCAACGGUGGCCGGCGAAACUACAACAGCCGGCUCUACCGUGGCCGGAGAGACCACAACCCCUGGAUCCACAGUCAGUGGCUCAACUGAAGUCUCAAGCAGUGAUGCUACCAGCUCCAGCGAACCUACUGAAACGACCUCCGAAGAAACGACGCCUAGUAGCUCAACUUCUGACUCAACGACGGAUAGCUCAGAGACCACAACACCCAGUGGGGAGACCACAACACCUGGCGGGGAGACCACUUCUCCCGGUGGGGAGACCACUACACUUGGUUCGGGAACGACGACCUCUGUGGCAGGAGAAACUACAACGUCUGGCUCUAGCGAUGCUACAUCUGAUGGAUCCACGGUCUCAAGUGAUGGUUCAUCUACUAGUCCUGGUGAUAUCAGUUCAACAACCGAAGGUGGUACUACACUUAGUGGCCCUACCGAAACUGGCGGUUCUAGUGAAACUACUGAAACUGGCGGCUCUUCACCAAGUGAAACCACCGAAGUUAGCGGCUCUUCACCUAGUGGAUCCACCGAAGUUGGUGGUUCUAGUGAAAGUACCGAAACUGGUGGUUCAUCUUUAUCUACCACGGAGGGUGUCUCCGGCUCGACAGAGGAAGGCUCGUCGACAACUACCGAAGCUGGGGAGACUACUCCAUCAGGAAGCACAGGAAGCGAAGGUUCCACGGAAUCAGGCGCUACUGAGUCGACUACAGAAGCCGGAACCGGAUCUACGGACAGUUCUUCAUAUGGCUCAACUGAUGGAACUACCGAAUCUGAUGAAAGUACGCGUUGGGACUUGUCUACCAUACUGUCGACGAAGUCUCCGCGCUGCAGACCGAGGAACAAGCCGGCCAAGUGCAUCUCGAGCAAGUUCGGGUGCUGUCCAGACAAGAAGACACCCGCUGGCGGGCCAUUCGAUGAAGGAUGUCCAAGCCCAACCACUUGCAAGGACACCAAAUACGGCUGUUGCCCCGACGGCGUGUCCCCCGCGGGAGGCCCACGCAACAGGGACUGCCCCGUGCCCAACUGCGAGGAGACCCUGUACGGGUGCUGCAAGUCUGACCACAAGACACCGGCCGAAGGCAAUGACCAGGAGGGAUGCCCGCCGGCUUGCAAGGUCUCCAAGUUUGGUUGCUGCGCGGACAAUGAGACUAAAGCCACUGGACCUCAUAAGGCGGGAUGUCCUGAAACGUCUACAACGACAACAGAGUCUCCUACGGAAGGAACUACGGGAUCGGAUGCAUCAACAGAAACGGGAUCUACAGAAGAAACGACCACUGAAACGACAACCGAGCCUGUUACCGAAAAAUGCGAAGUCGUCGAUGGAAAGGAAGUGUGCCACCCAUGCAGCACUUCAGAGUUUGGCUGCUGCGACGACGGCGACACAGCGGCGCACGGACCCAACAAGCUGGGCUGCUGUCUGCUCACGCCGCACGGGUGCUGCCCCGACAACUACCAGCCGGCGACUGGCCCCAAUCUAGAAGGUAAAGGAUGUGUGCCUCCUUGCGGUACUUCCGAGUUUGGCUGCUGCGACGACGGCGACACAGCGGCGCACGGACCCAACAAGCUGGGCUGCUGUCUGCUCACGCCGCACGGGUGCUGCCCCGACAACUACCAGCCGGCGACUGGCCCCAAUCUAGAAGGUUGUGACUGCAAGAAUGCACCAUUCGGCUGUUGCCCCGACCAAAGGAGCUACGCCACAGGCCCCAAUAACACCGGCUGUGGCUGCGAACAUACUCCGCACGGAUGCUGCCCUGACAGGCACACCGAAGCCACCGGCCCCAAUUUCGAAGGCUGCAGCUGCCACACGUACCAGUUCGGCUGCUGCCCCGACGGCAAGACGCCCGCGGUCGGCUUCAACCUCCAGGGCUGCCGGUGCCAGGAGUCCCAGCACGGCUGCUGCGGCGAUGGCGUCACGGCCGCCACCGGACCCAACCAGGAGGGCUGUGACUGUGCUUCCAGCAAGUAUGGGUGCUGCCUUGAUGGAGUUACAGAGUCGAAGAGCAAGAACUUCACUGGUUGUGCUGAUGCUCCUGUUAAUAAGCAAGCGGCCUGCGCCCUGCCGUACGAGCAAGGCCCGUGCACCAACUACUCCAUCCAAUGGUUCUACGACACGGACUACGGCGGCUGCUCGCGCUUCCACUACGGCGGCUGCGAAGGCAACGGCAACCGGUUCGCGGACAAGGCCGAGUGCGAGGAUGUGUGCGUCAAACCUGCUCCUAGAGACGCUUGCCACCUACCCAAGGUGAAGGGAAGCUGCACGAAUAAUCCAUCCAUCCGGUGGUACUACGACGACACCUACCAGAGAUGCCUGCAGUUCCACUACGGCGGCUGUCUCGGCAACGCGAACAACUUCGACAAGCAAGACGAGUGCGAGAAGCAAUGCGCGCCUAAACAUAGCGAAGAAGAACAGUGCCAGCUGCCCAUCGAAGAAGGCCCAUGCGCCGGCACCUUCAGUCGCUGGGGCUACAACGAGACCACGGGACGCUGCGAAGAGUUCCUGUGGGGAGGCUGCGAGGGCAAUCUUAACAGGUUCAUAUCUGAGGCAGCUUGCAUGCUUAAGUGUAAUCCGCCAGGGACUAAGAAACCUGUAUGCGAGCAACCUCAGGACGCAGGCAACUGCACUGAGAACCUUCCUUACUGGUCCUUCAACCGCGACGAAGAGCGAUGCGUUCCCUUCUAUUACGGUGGUUGUGGAGGCAACGACAACAAAUUUACCGAUCAGAAACAGUGCGAUGAAGCCUGCCCGAAAUCAUUUGUGAAAGACAAGUGCACACUGCCGGCGUCACCCGGAGAAUGCAGGCAGUUCCGCUUGCGCUGGUUCUUCGACACCAAACACCAACAAUGUCGCCAGUUCCCUUACGGCGGAUGCGGUGGCAACGACAAUAACUUCGUGUCCGAGGAUCUGUGUAACUUGGAGUGCAACCGCCCCACCACUCCGCCGCCACCAUCGCAACCUGAAGCGACGUGCCUGCAGCCGACCGACGCAGGCGGCUGCUCGGGCCGCGAGGAGCGCUGGACGUACUCCGCCGAGUCUAGAGAGUGUGUGCCGUUUGUGUACACCGGCUGCGGGGGUAACGACAACAAUUUCCCGUCGAAGGAAUACUGCGAGCUCACUUGCCGCCCGCCGCAAGACAUAUGCGAGUUACCGAAAGACGUCGGCCCGUGCCGCGCCGCGCACCCACGCUGGUACUACGAUAGCGCUAACCAACAAUGUCGUCAGUUCUACUACGGAGGCUGCCUUGGCAACAAGAACAACUUCAGAUCAGAGGAGGAGUGUCGCAUCGGCUGCGUGCUCACGCGAGCGCCGCCAGCGCCGCCUCCGACACAAGACGUAUGCUCGUUGCCGGCGGAAGUGGGUUUGUGCCGCGCGGCGGUCCCGCGGUUCUACUUCAACGCCGCUUCCGGCCGCUGCGAGCCGUUCACCUACGGAGGCUGCGGCGGAAACCAGAACAACUUCGAGAAUGAGCAGGAGUGCGAACAACGCUGUGAGCCAGCACCCGUUCCUCCUCCGCGUGAUGUUUCACCCGAGUGUCGCGUGGCAUCCCUCGACCAAUGCCGAGGAGUCGGCCGUAUGUGGUACCUGGACCCGACUAGCGGGCGCUGCGCCCCGCACGACCCGCAGCCCGGCGCGCCCAGCUGCGACCUGCCCGGCAUCUUCAGCUCGCCCGAGGCUUGCGAGCGCGCCUGCGGUGACUUCAGGGAGAUAGGUGACGUGUGCCGGCUCGAGAAAGACGCGGGCCCGUGCAGCGAGCGCCAGCCCAAGUACCACUUCGACUCGGCCACGGGCACCUGUCAGCCCUUCACGUACGGCGGCUGCUUCGGCAGUGCCAACCGGUUCUCCAGCGAGGCCGAGUGCGAGGCCGUCUGCUUGCCUGGAUUACCUGAUCCGUGCAAGCUGCAACCCAGCGCAGGCAACUGCAGCGAGCAGAUCGAGAGCUGGUACUACGACGAGGGCCGCGACGAGUGCGGAGAGUUCUACUACACCGGCUGCAGUGGCAACGAUAACAGAUUCCCAAGUAAAGAAGAAUGCGAGGGACAGUGCAAGAAGGGUGGAGUGCCGGAACCACCACAGAACGAACAGUGCCGCACGCCGGCCUCACUAGAGGCAUGCGGCGAGCCGAGCAUCGCCUUCUACUACGACUCGGCGCAGGCGCGCUGCGCACCCGCCCCGAUCGGUGGCUGUACCGACAACCCGAACAAAUAUACCACCGAGGAAGAGUGCCUGAGGAGCUGCGGCGAGUUCAGAGGAUUAGACGUGUGCCGCGCGCCGCUUGACCCGGGCCCGUGCCGCACCUCCACGCAAAAGUACUACUGGAACCUCCGCGAGGGCCGCUGCGAGCCCUACACGUACGGCGGCUGCGGCGGCGGCCCCAACCGCUUCUCCAACCAGCCCGAGUGCGAAGAGGUCUGCGGACAUCUAGCUAUCGACCCGGCGUGCGGGCUGGCGCCGGCGCCGGGCGCGGCGUGCCCGGGCGGCAGCUCCUCGGGGCAGCAGCGCUGGCACCACAGCACGCUGUACGGGGAGUGCCGGCUCUUCGUCUACUACGGCUGCGAGGGAAAUGGCAACAACUUCAUGACCAGAGAGGAGUGCGAGCAGCACUGCAGCCCGCCGCCGGCCGGCAACGACCCCAGCGUGAACGAAGUUACUGGCUGCGAGGCGGCACAGGCCGAGUGCGCGGCUCUGUCCUGCGCGUACGGCGUCGACAGGACUAGGGAUCCUUACGGCUGUGACAGGUGUACCUGCAUAGCUCACCCAUGCGAAACCAAGAGGUGUCCCGAAGGCCAACGCUGCGUGGUCGUCGUUAACUAUGACGCCACCACCGGGAGCACACAGUAUGUCGGAGACUGCGGAAUAGCUGAGAAACCCGGCACGUGUCCCGCGGAGGAGGCAGCGCCCUCCAGCACCUGCCACGUGGAAUGCAACGACGACGCGGACUGCCGCGGCGAGCAGAAGUGCUGCAGCAGCGGCUGCAGUCGGCUCUGCCGCGCGCCCGAGGGCGCAGCGCCAUCGCCUGUGGACUGCUCGGCCGAACAGACUCGAUGCGCGUCGCUGCAGUGCGAGUUAUCAAUCCAAAGAACACGAUUAACGAACGGCUGCGAGCGGUGCGACUGUGUCAGACCUGAACCAAACUGCCAACCGUUCGUGGACGAGUGCAACGCGCUCAAGUGCAACUAUGGACCGAUCACGAGGACCACUGAUGCCGAUGGAUGCGAGAGGUGUACCUGCAUAGCUCACCCAUGUGAAGGCAAGCAAUGCCCCGAGGGUCAACGCUGCACGGUAACCGCCUCAUACGAUGGUCCAACCGGCAGUACCCAGUACACUGGCGAUUGCGCCAUAGUGGAGAAGCCCGGCACUUGCCCGGCGGAGCAGAGCUCCUCCGGCUCGUGCCACGUAGAGUGCAACGACGACGCGGACUGCCGCGGCGUGCAGAAGUGCUGCAGCAGCGGCUGCAGUCGGCUCUGCCGUGCGCCCGCCGCGCCAGAGAACGCGGUCCAGAUGCCCCGAGAACCGCAGGCGCCAGCACCUAACACUGAGACGGAGCACGAAGUGAGCUCGUCAGAGGGCGGCACCGCAACACUUCGGUGCCUGUUCCACAGCAACCCGCCACCGAAGAUCACGUGGAGGAAGGGAGAGAUCACGAUCGAUGGCAAUCAAGGCCGCUACCGACUGACAUCGGACGGCGCGCUUCAAAUCGUAUCGCUAUACCGCGACGACUCAGGCGUAUACAUCUGCGUGGCCGAGAACGAACUAGGAUCCUCGCAGCAGGAGAUUGAACUGCGUGUUGACGGUCCCGUGGAAGCGCCCGCCGGGAUCGUCGGCGAGUCCGAAUCGGAAGUGAUCGGGGAUAUCGGACAUAGGCUCCGCAUCCGCUGCCUCGCGUACGGAUACCCGACGCCGGUUAUAGCGUGGUACCACCGCCCGACGGCCACGAUGGUCCCUUACGACAGCGCGAAGUACGAAGCUAGAGGGAACGAGCUGCUGAUCAAGUCGCUCGGUAUCGACACGCUGGGAGAGUACACGUGCCAGGUGUUCAACGGGCUGGGGAAGGCGGUGUCGUGGACGGUGACGGUGCGCGCGGCCCGCGCGGACGCCGGCUGGCCGGACAGCCCGUACCUGGUGCAGCGCGGCGGCGCGCCGCCCCCGCCGCCGCCGCCGCCGCCCCCGCGCACCGAGCCCCCCGCCCCUCCGCAAGGAGAGAGGUCCCCGAUCAUUGAGAUCCCGCCCGUACCUCCGCAGUAUACCGUGCCGGUGCGAACAUCGCUCCGCGCGCCGCAGACGGCGCUAGCUACAGGAGGGCGGCUUGAGCUGUCCUGCGAGGUGGACGGGCAUCCCGAGCCCCGCGUCUACUGGACCAAGGACAACGCGCAGCUCGCGGAGAGCGACAGGAUCUACAUCACACGUGAGUCUACUGUAGUUUGAGAGAGAUGGCGCUAGCUACGGGAGCGGCUUGAGCUGUCCUGCGAGGUGGACGGCCACCCCGAGCCCCGCGUCUACUGGACCAAGGACAACGUGCAGCUCGCGGAGAGCGACAGGAUCUACAUCACACGUGAGUCUACUGUAGUUUGA